GAGGGAGAGAGAGCAGAGAAAGCAUGCAAGAGGGUGGGAGGGAAGUAGGGAUGGCUACUUAACUGAGGGUGAACUGCUGUGUGAUCGUAGUCUACCACUAUCGUGCUUGCCAUUCCAGUGGUAGAAAUGAGGGAUUCAGCACUUCUACAUCUCUGUCAGUUAAAGAAGAUCUGCUGGUUUAAUUGAGGCAGAGCAAGACAUUCAAUAAUACACCUGGGGAUACAUUUUGAAGAAGGACAGGAAAAUUACUAUUAUUUAUUGGCCGAGCCACGCAGAUUUAAUGGAUCUUGCAAGACAUUAUCUACAGGUUGUUCUUGAUUAUAAUUUUUUCUUAUAAGGAGGAGUCACUGAGACAGUGGUUUGUCCAUGUGUGGAAACAGCUGAUCAAGAGUGCCACUUCUCAGGGAUGUUCCCCAGAGGAGGCAUCAGUGAACAGGAUGAACUCUACAAAUCAGAGCUACUUUCACUCUCGCCCACGAGGGGAGACCUGCAGAAGAAGAGAUCGCAGAGUCCCAAAGUCGGGCAAAGUCUGUGCAGAAAGCUGCAGAAGUCUCUGCAGGGGCCAGAGGAUAACUCCCUUCAUGACCUGUCAUCAGUGGAUACCAAAGCUGAACUUACCCCGUCUGAGGAAAACAGCAGUUCUGAUUGCCAGGAUGGCAUUGGGGUUGUGAAGGAUUCUGUUCCCAGGCUCAUUGAAAGGAUCAGAAAUGAAGAAGAGAAAGAAGAGAUGGAGGAUAAGGAGGCAGAACAAGGCUCUAGUAACAUAGUGGAACAUAUACUAAAAGAGCUGAAAGGUAUCAACAAGAUCCAGGAGGAAAUAUCUGACCUGAGGCAGUAUCUAACAUCUGUGCGAGGCUCUGUGGAUGAAGUAUCUUGUUGUGUUGAUGCAGUGCUCAGUGAAAUAGGUGAGCUGUACUCUGGGGCUUCAGCUGCACCCCAUCCUAGUCCUGUUUCUCAAACGCCUCGCAUCAGACAAGGAAGCUUGGGUAGGCAGAAUGCCAUAACAUCUCUUCAAGACAAAGACGCCAGUCCACUGUUGGAUCGCAAAGAUUGUGGAAAAGAUUCAGGAUAUAUACCUUCGCAUAGAUCACCCAAACAAUGGCAUGUCGAUAGAGUCACUCUCCAGUCAGACCAGCAAACAGACCAAGAGAACUCGGAGCAAAGUUCAAAUAUGAACAUGCUAGGCCCUACAAAACCUGACCCCUGCUACCAAGAGCUUCAUCAUGGUUAUGGCUACCACAGCACCAGCUCUUUGUCAUCGUGUCACAGUUCCAACUGUCCAGAAGCAGGCUUUCUUUCUGGUGACACAGAAUAUAGCAGGUGGACUUCUGUUGAUAUGCAGCACAGUGUAAGUGGAGAAGGAGGUUGGAGUGAAGAGGACAUCUGCUCUUGUGCAAACAGUGCAGAAGAGCUAGACAACUGUCUACGUGUUUGGGACAGGUGUGCCACAGAGGAGACACAAAGUAGCACACCAGGUCAUUCUUCACAAAACAGCUCUGAGCAUCUCUCAUUGUUGUUUGGACACCCUUACAACUCUCCUUCGAGUUCUUCCAGUAUGGUGGACUGGAGGCCCCCUAGACUGCAAAUUGAGGAAGAAAACUUGGAGUGUGACUGUUCUGCAAACUGCCCAUACUCACGCAGCUCUGGUUACCACACCAUGGAUGCUUGUCCAAAUGACCUUGGUAGUGGGCCCUCCAGGAGUCUGAGUUGCUCCACAGUGCUUCUGACAGACUGUGAUGAUGGUUACCUGGAGCCACAUUCACCGUGUGAUGAUCCAUCGUCUGGUGACACUCUUGAUCUGGGGUCCGCAGACAGUUUGGACAGGGAGUGGACAGAUCACAGCAUCUCCAGGGAUGAAGCAGGAGAAUCAUUGUCACAGGAAUCUUCUGAAAUAGAUCCUGAUAGUGCCAAGACCCCCAAUGUAGGCUUUGAUGUAACAACUUUUAGCAAGGCUGUACUCACUUUCAGGUCAGCUUUGAAAGGGGCUUUGAAAAAGUUGGAAGGACCCAACCCUGAAGGGGUAAAAGAUGAUAGUGAGUCUGAGGCAUCUCCAUCCCCUCUCAGACAGGCCAGUGUACACGAGCAGAGCAGUACAGAGUAUACAGAGGGGGAGGUUAGUCUGACAGAAAACCACACUCAAUUUGACUCUCCAAAGGAGGGCCAGUGAGGCUUCGGUCUAUGUGGAUUGUAGCGAGACACAUGAUAACUUGCAAUGCUCUCUUCAAGCAUCUCCCCGUGAAGCAAGCCACUCUCCCUGCACC